CUUUUGGGUUUGUUUGCCUGCUGCAGAGUUAUUUGUUCACUUGUCCUCUGCGUAGUUUGUGGUCCAAACCCUUUCAACGCUGCAUUGGUUCAAAUAUGAUGAAGGCCCAAUUGAAUAAUUUGUAUUUCUAUGCUGACGUGUGCAGCGAUGAAACAAUGCAACAAUGAUAUGAAACGUUGUAAGCGGCUCUGCUGCAGUGGGCACUGUUUGGGAACAACUUAGGAGUCGUCGUCGGCAGUGAUUAUGGCCAUUUUUUUUUUUUUUUUUUUUUAACUGCGCGUCUUUGCCCUGGUUUGUGCAUUUUCGGUUUGUCGCAGGCUGCCGCUUUAUCAUUUUUUUGACAGCGCAUCGUGUGCCGGUGGUCUGAAAAGGGGCUUUUCGGAGUGGAAAAUGCAUCUCGGCACAUUGACGCGGACGCGCCGAGCUUGAAAGCGGUCAGCUCGCUUGAUAACAGGCUUCUCGAAAUGAUGACCAACGCUUGUUUUUUUUUUUUUUCCCCCAAAAAUAUUUUUUGUUUUCUGGCUGACUUAAUGUCUUUACGGUUAAUGUGAUUCCGACUACUGAAUCUCAGCGGAAAGCGUUGGCACCUCAGGGUUGUUGAAGUCCCCUUCAUUUGCUCACACGAUUGUAAGAUGCCAUUUAAAAAUAUAUGCAUAGUUCAUGUAGGCUACAGCAAUAAAUAUUGUUUUCUUCAUAAACUUUUUCUUGUUGGAUUUAUCCGUGGUUUGCCUUAUAGGUCACCAUCGACAGUUCUGAUGCAUAUUUUGAGAUGGAGAGAAACAAGUCUUUUAUUUGAAUAUCACAAGAGCGCCAUAGUCUUCACAUUGAGUAUGAAUUGAGAGUCAAAAAUGAACAAAGUCAUUUCAAGUAUUUUCCAAAGUCAGAGUGCCUCAGCAGAUGGAUGACGGAGCCACAUGUGGCUGUGGAGCUGUAGGUUGCAGACCCCUGGGGGGGGGGGUUUGCUGAUGAAUUCCCCCAUAGCCCCUCCCGCUUCAAUUCCUCCCUUCGGGGGCUGUUGAUGGCCACUUAGUUGGUGCUCUGAUCUUGCAGAGAUGCCGUGACAUCGUUCCUUCUCAGUCUACGAUUCAACUUGCAGAUCGAGUGCUGCAUUUCUCAACAGACGAACGCAUUUGGGCUUAACACGACGGUGACUCACACCCGUCCCCGAAUGCGCUGCAUGUCUUCUUCUUUUAUCGUUCAACCAAUUGUUAUGUAGCAUAAAAGGGACAUGAUCAACACUAAUAAAAAAACAAGUCGUUGUCAUGUGAAUGCACGCUUAUGGCGAAUACUUGAUCCUUAGUGUUCACGCAGUCAAUGUCCUUAAAUCGUUUACGGCGGCGUCAGACGAUACAGUCGUGUACAGUGUGCUGUACAGUAAUCUUCUCGCGAAAUGUUUAGUGGUGCGUUGAAACAGCUGUGUGUCAGGGAGACGCAGCGCAGAGCCAUUAGCAGCUUAGCUUGCCUCGCAUUAGCAACACUACUGCGGAGCUAGCAGCGGGCUGCCGGGAAAUUGCUUCUGGACUGACCCGAAGCGUAUUACCAGGCAGCCGGGAGACCAACGUACUGCACGAGUCCCGCCCGCAAGACAUCAUGUCUUCCAGGGAUCGCCGGUCCGACGUCUACAUCAAGGCAGAACCGAGCAGUCCGGAGGGAGGCGGCGGAGGUCGCACCAGUCCCGGCGGGGCUUCUUCCGACUCCUCUCAAAGCGGAGGUGGCGAGACCAGGGGAGACGGCGCGAAACGCUAUUCGCCGCCGCUCUACACGCCGGCCUUGCGAUGCCACUUCAAAGACGAAAGCGGAGACGGCGCCGACGAGGGGUCCGCCGGAAACGGCGCCGGGCGGUGCAAGUAUGCGCUGAGCACGUUACCCAAGAGGCUGUGUUUGGUGUGCGGGGAUGUGGCUUCGGGCUACCACUACGGCGUGGCUUCGUGCGAAGCCUGCAAAGCUUUCUUCAAGAGAACCAUCCAAGGCAACAUUGAAUACAGCUGCCCCGCAUCAAACGAGUGCGAGAUCACCAAACGGCGCAGGAAGGCCUGCCAGGCCUGCCGCUUCACCAAGUGCCUCAAAGUGGGCAUGUUGAAAGAGGGAGUUCGUCUCGAUAGGGUGCGGGGCGGACGACAGAAGUACAAAAGACGUCCUGAGGUGGAGAACGCGGCGUACCAGAGUGUCCCUCUGUCGCUAACUAAGGACAACGAAAAGGGUUCCUCCAACAUCAUCGUGUCCCACCUGUUGGUCGCGGAGCCGGAAAAGUUAUUUGCGAUGCCCGACCCCCUCCAGCCCGACACAGCCCAGCGCACCCUUACGACCCUUUGCGACCUCGCUGACCGCGAGCUGGUGGUCAUCAUCGGCUGGGCCAAACACAUUCCGGGCUUCCUGUCGCUGUCGCUGGCGGACCAGAUGUCCGUGCUCCAAUCGGUUUGGCUGGAGGUGCUGGUGCUGGGCGUGGCGUACCGCUCGCUUGGCUGCGAAGACGAGGUGGUCUUCGCCGAGGAUUUCGUCCUCGACGAGGAAAUGUCUCGCGUGGCCGGCCUGACGGAGCUCAACGCGGCCAUCAGUCAACUGGCCCGACGUUUCCGUGCCCUCAGUGUGGACCGAGAGGAGUUUGUCAUGCUAAAAGCCAUCGCGCUCACUAACUCGGACUCUGUUUACAUCGAGGACACGGAGGCCGUGCAGAAGCUGCGGGACCUCCUCCACCAGGCCCUGCUGGAGCUGGAGUGUCAGCGCCACCCGGACGACCCGCAGCGGGCCGGCCGCCUCCUUUUAACGCUGCCGCUCCUCCGGCAGACCGCCGGUCGGGCUCUGACGACUUUCUACAGCAUCAAGACCCGUGGCGGCAUCCCCAUGCACAAACUAUUCUUGGAGAUGCUGGAGGCCAUGAUGGACUCUCCCUAGAGGGAGCGGCGGCAGACGUGGGAAUGGGAGUCUUUGUGAGUGGGCGAAUUGUUUGCCUCCAAGGAGAGAUUUUAUUUGACAAUUAUUCACGAGGAAAGGGGAUUCUUUUAACGUUGUCGCCCACAAGAACAGGGAGAGCUUCAAAAUAAGGACCGUGCCGGCCGUCCAGCUUCUGUCGGCGCCGUCGGGAUCCACAUUUGUGUGGAGAAAAAGCCAAGAACAAGUGAGACGACCUGUGAACGCCAAGUCGGUCGCGGCGGAGAACGUGCAAGUCGCCCACAACAGACUUGAGUCACGUGGCUUUUGAACUUUGGAACAAAUGCAGCGGUGACUCACAAAAGCCAUAACAUAUCUGGCAAAGACUUGAGGGUCCACUUUAGUACACAGGGUGCAUUAUUUUACUCUAGUUUAGUGCCGUUGUAGGCAGUUUUUCCUUUCAGGACUUUCUGGCAAUAUGCUCAAAAGCAAUAUAAUGACUCGAUUGUCGUCGAUCACCUUCAAAACGGAUAAUGCGGUUGGGUCCUAGUUUGUUCCGGGUUGGGUCGUUUUCCGCCCAGGGCCCCGAGCCCUUGGUCCGACUUCAGCCGUCGUCGAUCGGCCAGCGCCCGGUUCGAGGGAGCAGUCAAAAACGUGGGAAAUGCGCAAGUCGAGCACUGGUUUCAAUGCGGCAGCGUUGUUUUGAAAUGUAGAACCCAGAGGAAGUGAGCCCUGAAAAUCCUCUCCUCGGACGCUAUCGUCAUUUGUUUGUCAAUCCCGUUAGCGCGGAAAACGGCUUCCGUUCGCGACCGAGAUCAGAAAUGCAUCUGCCUCAUUUUGAUGCUUUCCAUGCAAUUUUCCUCUUGACCGCUGUGGACCUCCAGCCGUGCUGCUCUUAAAAAAAAAAAAAAAAAAAAAAAAAGUUUGAAGGUUUCAAUGUGCAAACUACUUUGUAAGCGCCUGUAACGGGCUCAGGGCAACUAGAAAUGCAACGUCGUACGCUGACGACGUCCCCUCGCCAGCCCCCGCUCGUUGUUUGUGUGCUCGACUUUGAAAAGAAGUGCUCGUCGUCGCCAGCUUCACUUUCGAUGCGUCUGUCGUCCAUCUUGGAGUCCCAUGAAAAUUGGCCCGAGUGCCAUGUGCAGUUAACGGUGGUAGAACUAGCAUCAUGUGGAAAGCGAUGAAGCCAGCAAAUGUGACCAUUUCUUUCAGAACAAAUGUACAGUACGUGUGCAGCUCACAGUGGAUUGACAUUUAUUAAGAAAAGGCUUUGGCUUUGGGGCUUUUUUUCCCGUACAUGUUCCUUUGUUGACGCGAACGGGUCGGCUCUCUACUCUGACCUGCCGUCGCGCGGUGGAGAUGAAGUUGUUUGUUUUGCGAACGCGGUUUCCGGAAGAUACGAGCGCCUGCACGAGGCGAAGCGUACGCCCAGACUGUGGAGACGUACUGUUCGGAUCUUGCAAUUUUCUCAUUUUAACAAGCAUCGGUACAUGACAGGUUGUCCGGUUUGGCAAACGUGUUUUUAACCAUCUUGUCAAGUUGUUCAUUGGUGACAGCAUACUGAUUUGCUUACUAAUCACAUUUUGGAACACUUGGACACGGUCAUUUUAAGUAAAGAUAGUUUCUCUGUAUUACUUUUUUUUUUUUUUUUUUUUAAAUUAAUGGUACGUGGCAACGUGCUCAUAGGAAACAAACGUGUGAUGGAAUGGGAGUCAUUUGUGGUGUCUGUGUACAUUGAAUAUAAAUUAGCAAUACGAUAAGUUACCAAAAGUCACUCGUUUCCUUGUACAGCCGCCGUGUACAUUCGACAUUGCCAUUUGUGAGAAAUAGCCACUAAACAUUAUUUAGAAGCUCAAAUCAAUGUUUGUAUUUUGACAGACUAUUUAAAUGAUUAAAUUCUAUUUUUUACUCAA